AGCAGUAAUUGACUUUAAUAAACAGAGUAUGGUGUGCCAUUGAAGCUCUGAAAAGCAGAAAAGCUGAUAGGUUAUGUACUUCUAUAUAAGAAUAGAAUAGGCACUAGGGUUCAUUAUUCUUACCAUUUACCAAACGGCACCCCCCACCUUGAGCCCCUCACCUCACGUUUCUCCCUAAACAUGGCUGCUUAAAACUCCCUGACCGUUGCUUCCUGCAAGACUGAAACCAACCCAGGAAAAACAGAGCACCUUUGAGGGUUGAGAGAUCAUAUAAUAUGUCAAACAAGUCCCCUAUCUUUCCCAUGCCAGACACUCGUCACUUUAGUGACUAUGGCUUCGACCCCCAAAUUGAUUACUUUCAGGUGUUGGAGGAGGCAAGGAAGCACAAGCGAGAUAGAUCAAGAUCCAUUGACUCUUUACAUUUCAAGCUCCAAAAACCUAUUUCUAAAGACGAAUCAAGGAGAACCCACAAGAGCAAGAAGAAGAAUUGGUGGAGAAAUGCCCUCUUGUUUUUCAAGUGGAAGUGGACUCACCCACACCCUCACUCACACCGCCACCACCACCACCACCACCACCGUGAUCUCGAUCUCGAUCUCGAUCAAGACGUUCAUCGUGCAAGAGCUAAAGCUUUCAGGGCAUCCAUUUCAGGGCCAGUGUACAUUACUGAGAGCAGGAGCGGGUCAAGCACCCCUUACAGGAGCACCAGCCGGCCAUCCUCUGGUCCUCUUGCUGGGACUCUGACGCCGUCGAGAAACGGUGAUUUGGAGAUACCAUAUUUGAGUCUUAGAGAGCUUAACAUGGAGCAGCAGCAACACAGGAUUUCUACCUCUGCUGCAAUGCCUAUCUAUUUGGUCACUUGAAGAACUGGGUCGUCUUCAUUUCUUCUUUUAGAGAUUUAUUACUGGAUUAUAAAGCUGAUUGUAGCUUUUGAUUAGUAAUUUGGGUUUGCAUGGUAUUGGGUUUAAGUUUUAAAAACCUUUUUUAGUUUUUCUUUUGUGCGGGAAAGGUGUUUGAUGAAAUGAUGAUUCGUCUUUUUGAGAGGAUGAUAGCAAUGGGUCCUCCACCCCUCUUUCUUGCUUGUUCUACUUUACUGAUUUCUGCAACUAAUGAAAGUGGUGCUAAGCCUUUGACUAAGUCA